AUGUCUAGAUUUUUCCGCGGUGAUAGCUCCAGCGACAGCUCCUCCGACGAGGAGGAGGAUCUCUAUUCCGAUGACGAAGAAGUUCAAGAACAGCCCGAAGAAGAAUCUUCUGAAGAUGAUUCUGAGGAGGACGAUGAUGAUGACGACGACUCCAAUUCCAGCAGCGAUGAUGGAGUUGGCAAAAAGACCGGAGCGAACGCUUUCUUGAAGGACGAUUCCGAUUCCGACAGUGAGAGUAGUGGAGAUGAGGGCGUGAAGGUCGUCAAGUCUGCGAAGAACAAGCGAUUCGAAGAACUCGAGGCAACCGCAAAAGCUAUCGAAAAUGGCGAGAAGAUCAACGAUUGGGGAUCAAUCUCAGCAGAGUUCGAUAAAUUGAACCGCCAAGUCGCCAAACUUCUACAAUCAGGCACAACCCCAAAGGUCUACAUCAAAGCUAUCGCCGAUUUGGAGGAUUUCAUGAAUGAGACCUUGGCAAAGCAGAAGGUGACACCAAAGAAGAUGAACGCCACAAAUUCUCGUGGUUUGAACGCUGUUAAACAGAAGAUCAAGAAGGCCAGCAAGGAGCACCAGAAGGAUCUAGAAUCAUUCAGAGCCGAUAAGGACGCGUAUAUGGAAUCAGAAGACGAGGAAGUUGUGGCACCAAAACCAAAGAAAGUAAAGUCCUCUGCAGCACAGGAUGUUGCCGCCGAUGAUGAUGACGAAGGAUGGGGAACUGUUGGUAAGGGUGGACGAACUCUUCAAUUUACACCAGAGAGCAUUCUCAAGCACUUGAGGACCAUUCUCGAAUCUAGAGGAAAGAAGAACACCGACCGCAAUGAACAAAUUAAGAUUAUGGAAAAGUUGUACGAAGUAGCAGCCACUCCAUACCAACGCAUCAGAGUCCUCUUAACCCUUAUUUCAACAAGAUUCGACAUGACUACUGGUACUCAAACUUUCAUGUCCCAAGAACAAUGGAAGGCAGCAGAGAAGGAAUUCGGAACCCUCUUGAGUGUCCUCGAGACAAGUCGAGAAUAUGUAGUUGUGGAGACCGCUGAACCUUGGGAGGAUGAUGAGAAGCUUCCUACAGUUGCCGAAGGUGCAAAGUUCGCGAUUCCAGGAAGCGUCGUCUCCUACGUUGAAAGACUUGAUGAUGAACUUACAAGAUCGCUUCAACACAUUGAUCCUCACACUGCUGAAUACAUCGAGCGUCUUUCUGACGAGAGUGAUCUCUACAACAACAUUGUCCGAACUAUGUUGUACCAGGAGGAGAUCAGCAAGGACGCCAGCUUGAACGAGCCUCAACGUAGCUUGAACAGAGUCGUCAUGAGAAGAUUGGAGCACGUAUACUUCAAGCCAUCCGCAGUCAUCAAGAUCCUCGACGAGAACUGCUGGAAAGCAGUUCCUGCAGAGCUCAAUUCCGCCAUCACACCACGCGGCUCCGUUGAAGAUGCCAAAACCUUGGUCAACGUUCUCUGCAACUACCUCUACAUAAACACUGAGGGUGAAGGACUUACUAAAGCAAGAGCCAUGCUUUGCCAAAUCUACUUCGAAGCUUUACAUGACAAUUACUACAAGGCUCGUGAUAUGAUGCUUAUGUCUCAUUUGCAAGAGACUAUUAAUUCAUUCGAUGUUCACAGUCAAAUUUUGUUCAACCGUACUCUUGUUCAAGUUGGUCUCUGUGCUUUCCGAGCCGGUUUGGUCUAUGAGGCUCAAACCACCCUCCAAGAAAUCUGUGGUAGUGGCCGUCAAAAGGAAUUGCUUGCCCAAGGUGUCAUGAUUCAAAGAUAUAACCAAGUCACUCCAGAUCAAGAACGUCUCGAAAAACAACGUCAACUCCCAUUCCACAUGCACAUUAACCUCGAACUUCUUGAAUGUGUUUACCUCACUUGCAGCAUGCUUCUCGAGAUUCCUCUAUUCGCACAAACUGGCUCAUCUCCCGAUAUCAAGAAGAGAGUUAUCAGCAAGACAUACAGACGUAUGCUCGAAUAUCAUGAGCGUCAAAUCUUUGCUGGACCUCCUGAAAACACCAGAGAUCAUGUCAUGCAAGCAUCAAAGGCUUUGGCCCAAGGUGAAUGGAAGAGAGCAACCGAAUUUAUCCACUCGAUUAAAAUUUGGGAACUUAUGUCCAAGCCUGAGGAGAUCAAGGCAAUGCUCUCAGCACAAAUUCAAGAAGAAGGUCUCCGAACCUAUCUCUUUACAUACGCUCCUUAUUACGAUACUCUAUCCGUCAACAGACUCUCAUCAAUGUUUGACCUCUCUGACCGAAAGGUUGCUGCCAUCGUCAGCAAGAUGAUCAGCCACGAGGAACUUGCAGCUGCAUUAGACCAAGUCAACUCCUCGAUCAUCUUCAGAAAGGGUGUUGAGUUGAGCAGACUCCAAAGCUUGGCAUUGAGCCUCAGCGACAAAGCUAGUGGCUUGAUUGAAAGCAACGAGCGUACACUCGAGACAAGAACACAAGGCACAGCCAACGCUUUUGAGAGACAAGGCGGCCGAGGUGGACGUGGUGGUAACAGAGGAGGUCGUGGUGGUAACCGUGGUGGACGCGGUGGUAUCUCCAAUGCUCCAAGGCAAGCUGGUGGAACACAAUUUACCGGUGGCGCUUUGGGAGCUGCUGUAGGUAGCAGAGCUUAA